AUGUCGCCGGGCGAGUUCCAGACGCAGUUCAGCGCGGUGUGUGUGGAGCACUUCCACUUCUCCCCGAGUGCACGCGAUGCAGACCUGGUGCUAACAUAUCUCUCGCGCGAUCACUCGCCUCGCCUCGCUGUGCGUCAGUCCGGAAUCAUCAAACUAUCCGGUUCCGAAGCGGAACCCGUCGACCCCAUCACGGACGAAGACCGCUCCGUCAUCGCGGUCAAAGAGACACUGCGGAAGCUCGACCUGCAAAUCACCUCGCUCGAAGCGCGGAUCGCCCACCGCAACACCCAGAUCCGCGAGGCCCUUCGCUCUCCCUCCAACAAAGUGCAAGCCGCAUCCUACCUGCGCAGCCGCAAGGCCCUCGAGGAGGUGCUCGCCAAACGCACGGGGAUCCGCGACACCCUCAGCGGCGUCGUGGCCAAGAUCGAGCAGGCCAAGACCGACGUCGACGUGAUGCGCGCGUACAAGGCCAGCAGCGACGUGCUGCGGAGUGUGUUGCGCAGCGACGAGUUGCAGGUGGAUAACGUGGACAAGGUGAUGGAUGGGUUGGCGGAGGUCGUGGCCGAGCAGAGGGAGGUGGACGAGGCGAUGAGGGUGGGUGCUGGUGGCGCGGUGGUGGAGGAGGUGGACGAGGACGAGAUCAUGGACGAGUUGAGGGUGUUGGAGGCGGAGAAGCGCCAAGAGGAGGAGAGGGAGAAUCAGCGAGACGAACAGGCGAAGAAGGAGGAUAUCGAAAGGGAAGCGCAGAAGUUGCGAGAGAGCAAGGAGCACGAGGAGCUGCAGGCUCGAUUCGACCGGCUGCGUGUUGCGCAGUCUCCGUUGAGUACACCGUCCAACGAGACGGGGACAGAGUCGGGAAAGCAAAACGAGGCUGCUGAUCACACCGCUAUUGCAGAGUAG